UCUAUUAGGGCUGUGCGAUAUAUUGAAAAUAUCGAAAUAUCGCAAAUUCGCAUAUCGCGAUAUGCAUAUCGUAAUGAUUUGCGAUAGAUGAUAAAGUAAUACAAAGCUAUUUAUAGUUUUACGACACAGAUUAUCUGACACGCGGACGUUAGUUGUGUGUGUGCGUGCGCAUAGCGCCCGCGUGCUCACUGCUCUGACGUCUGACCAUCAACAAGCCAGCACGCAGUGAGUGACGCGCUCAUAGCAAACUAAUAUGAUAAAAUGAGCCAGCCUGAGACAUCCGCAGCUGCUGCCGACGAUUUAGUGCCAAAACGAAGAAGCACCUCAAAGAUAUGGCAGUUUUUUGGAUUUAAAAGAGAUGACCACAUGCAGACUGAAGUUAUAUGUAAAACAUGUAAAUCUCGUGUAGCAACGAAAACGGGAAACACUUCAAAUCUGUUCAGUCACCUCAAAGCAAAGCACAACGAUUUGUAUCAGCUAUGCUCUGCAGAAAAAUCUUCAAGCUCAGGUGAAUCAACCCUCGUUCACCAACCCAAGCAACAAUCCAUAUCAUCAAGCUUCGAAAGCAUAACACCAUAUCCUGUAAGUUCCCGCCGUCAUAGAGAGAUAACCGAGGCCAUUACACGCUAUCUGGCAAAGGAUAUGGUUCCGAUCGCCACAGUCGGGAAACCAGGGUUUUUGCACCUGAUGAAUACCAUCGACAAACGGUACAACAUUCCCUCUCGAACCUAUUUUUCACGCAUUGCUAUCCCCCAAAUGUACGAGCAUACUCGCGACCGUGUCAUGUUGGAACUGAGAGAUGUCGAACAUUUUGCGUGUACAACGGACCUCUGGUCCAGUAGGACAACAGAGCCGUACAUUAGUUUAACGGUUCACUUUAUUGACAAAGCCUUUAAGAUGAGAAGUCUGUGCUUACAGACAGCAUAUUUCCCCAGUGAACACAGUGGGGAAAACAUAGCGCUGGGACUGCGAGAGGCUUUGUCUGGCUGGAAUUUGAAUGAGGCGCGUCUAGUGUGUUUUACCACUGACAACGCAACCAAUAUGAUCAAAGCGGCGGAAAUAAAUGGUUGGCCCCGACUACAGUGCUUCGGGCACAGACUGCACCUUGCUAUUGAAAAUGCAGUCAAAUGUGACACACGCAUCAGUCGUGCUCUAGGAGUGUGCAAAAAGCUAGUGGGACAUUUUUCCCAUAGCUGGAAAAAGAAAGAAGCGCUAAAGAAAGCACAGAGAGAGCUUAACCUGCCAGAACAUGGUCUGAUCACAGAGUGCCCUACACGAUGGGGCACUAAGCAACAAAUGAUGGAAAGGAUCCUGGAACAGCAGAGGGCUCUGUCACAAGUUCUCUCUGAAAAUCGGAGUACAAGACAUCUGGUUCCAUCUUGGCAGGACAUUGAGGUCCUUGAGUCCGUAAACAAGGCAUUGAAGCCACUUCAAGAUUUUACAGAUGCUUUGUCUGGGGAAGAAUACGUGAGCAUUUCCUAUCUACUUCCAGUUCUUCGUUUACUGAACACACAAACCCUUGCUGCUGACGAGGAAGACACAGAGCUGACAUGCUCAAUUAAAACCAAAGUGCUGGGCUACAUGGAGGCAAAAUAUGAGGAUCCUGCAACCCAAACUCUCUUGAACAUUGCCACUUUUUUAGAUCCAAGGUUCAAAAAAGACUACAUUCCUAAGGAACAACGGGAAGAAAUUAGUUUAAGGAUAAAAUCAGAAAUGAAGGAGGCACAACCUGCUGUUGCCAUAUCAUCAUCAUCAGUGGGUGCUGCUGUGUCAGGUGCUGAGGCUGAGCCAUGUCAAAGUGCCACAGCCACAAGUGCAAAGAGGAUGAAGAAGUCUUUAGGAAGUCUCUUACAGACCUCAGUCACAUCUCCCUCUGAAUCCUCUGACCAUGCAACCAUUGAAGCAGAAUUUAACAGCUACAUUCUGAUCCCCAAAAUCCACAGUGAGCAGGACCCUUUGGCAUGGUGGGGAAUUCACAAGGUAAAUUUCCCCCACUUAAGCAAGCUGGCGGAAAAAUAUCUUUGUGUGCCUGCCACUAGCACACCAUCUGAAAGACUUUUCAGCACAUCAGGCAAUGUAGUUACAUGUCAGCGUGCAUCCCUGAAACCAAACAAAGUGGACAUGCUGGUUUUCUUGUCCAAAAAUCUUUAACAAUUUUAGCAUGAAUGCUAAAAUCUGACUUGGCAAAAACAAAACAAAAAGAGAGCAAAGAAGUAACUCCACUGUUUCUCAAGUGUUUUUGUUUACUUGAAUGUUCAUGUUUUCAGGUUGAUGUAGGCCUAACUAUAUAGUGGAGCAAAGUAUUAGUGAUAUUUUUAUUUUCUGUUUGUUUACAUUUUUAAAAUGUAAUUUUAACAUUUAAAUGUAAUGUUAAAAUGUAAUUUGUGUUAAUGCAACAUAAAAAACUGCUGUUGUUCACUUUCAAAAGUUGUAGUGAUUUCUUUCCCCUAAAUAAUUUGAAAUUUUGGUUAUAUAAUUUCUCUUAAUACAAUUUUAAUUGAUUUUAGAAAAAAUAAAUAUCGUAUCGCAUAUCGAAUAUCGCAUUAUUUAGCAAGAUAUCGCAUAUCGCAUUUUUCUUCAAUAUCGCACAGCC